GUGUCUGCAUGUUGACCUGGGAGGGGAGUUUUCUUGGCCCGGCCGGGGGUGGCUCCGAGGGGAACUCGAAGCUGGCGGGAGCGGGGGGAGAAAAGGAAGAAGCGGCGCAGCAGCCGUACGCCGUGGAUCCUGCGAUGCCCGCCGGGCGAGACGAUGUGACCGGCUGACAGCCGCUUGCGGAGGUGCAGUCAAGGCAAAGCAAUCGGCAGCCGCGAAGCCCGUUUCUCCCCCACUUAUUCCAUUGGAGAAGGCGCCGGAUUUUGUGGCUCUCCCCUGCGGGGCUGGCGGCGGGCGCUGCCAUGGGGCUGCCCACUCUGGAGUUCAGCGAUUCCUACUUGGACAGCCCGGAUUUCAGGGAGAGGCUGAAAUGUCACGAAGUCGAGCUGGAGAGGACCAACAAGUUCAUCAAAGAGCUGAUCAAGGACGGCAGCCUCCUGAUCGGGGCCCUCCGCAAUUUGUCAAUGGCUGUACAGAAAUUUUCCCAGUCGCUCCAAGAUUUUCAGUUUGAGUGCAUUGGAGAUGCUGAAACAGAUGAUGAAAUCAGCAUUGCCCAGUCAUUGAAGGAAUUUGCCCGGUUAUUGAUUGCGGUGGAAGAGGAGAGGAGGCGUUUGAUCCAGAAUGCCAACGAUGUUUUAAUUGCACCACUGGAGAAGUUUCGUAAAGAACAGAUAGGGGCAGCAAAGGAAGGAAAGAAGAAGUUUGACAAAGAAAGUGAAAAAUACUAUUCUACUCUUGAGAAGCACUUAAACUUGUCAGCAAAGAAGAAAGAGUCACACCUUCAAGAUGCAGACUCCCAGAUCGACAGAGAACAUCAAAACUUUUAUGAAGCAUCUUUAGAAUAUGUCUUUAAAAUCCAAGAAGUUCAAGAGAGAAAAAAGUUUGAGUUUGUAGAGCCGCUUUUGGCCUUUCUACAGGGAUUAUUUACUUUUUACCAUGAGGGGUACGAGCUGGCCCAGGAGUUCGCGCCGUACAAGCAGCAGCUGCAGUUCAAUUUACAGAACACCCGGAAUAAUUUUGAAAGCACCAGGCAGGAAGUUGAACGACUGAUGCAAAGAAUGAAGUCGGCCAGCCAGGAUUACAGGCCACCAAGCCAAUGGACAAUGGAAGGCUAUCUCUACGUCCAAGAGAAACGACCUCUUGGAUUCACCUGGAUAAAACAUUACUGUACUUACGACAAAGGGACAAAAACGUUCACAAUGAGUCUUUCUGAAGCAAAAUCUGGGGGGAAAGUAAAUGGUCUUGUCCCAAGCACACCAGAAAUAUUCAAGUUGAAGUCUUGCAUCCGGAGGAAAACAGAUUCAAUUGACAAACGUUUCUGUUUUGAUAUUGAAGUCGUUGAAAGACAUGGGAUCAUUACACUUCAGGCUUUUUCUGAAUCCAACAGGAAGCUCUGGCUGGAAGCUAUGGAUGGGAAAGAACCAAUUUAUACUUUGCCAGCUAUUAUUAGCAAGAAAGAAGAAAUGUUCCUCAAUGAAGCUGGUUUUAACUUUGUUAGAAAAUGCAUUCAUGCUGUGGAAACGAGAGGGAUCACAAUCUUGGGGUUGUACAGAAUAGGUGGUGUGAAUUCCAAAGUUCAGAAGUUGAUGAAUACCGUAUUUUCUCCUAAAUCUCCUCCUGACAUAGACAUUGAUUUGGAAGUUUGGGACAAUAAAACUAUAACAAGCGGGCUAAAGAACUACCUCAGGUGUCUCACAGAGCCACUGAUGACCUACAAGUUGCACAAGGAUUUCAUUGUUGCAGUUAAGUCCGACGACCAAAACUACAGAGUGGAAGCAGUGCAUGCGCUUGUUCACAAACUGCCAGAGAAAAACCGAGAGAUGCUGGACAUCCUCAUCAAGCACUUGGUCAAGGUGUCAUUGCACAGUCAGCAGAACCUCAUGACUGUUUCCAACCUUGGAGUUAUAUUUGGCCCCACGCUGAUGAGAGCCCAGGAGGAGACAGUGGCUGCUAUGAUGAAUAUCAAGUUUCAGAAUAUUGUGGUUGAGAUUCUCAUUGAGCAUUAUGAGAAGAUAUUUCGCACGGCCCCAGAUCCCAACAUCCCUCUUCCGCAACCUCAGUCCCGGUCGGGGUCAAGGAGGACAAGAGCAAUCUGCCUCUCCACAGGACCUCGCAAGCCCAGAGGACGCUACACCCCAUGCCUUGCGGACCCAGACAGUGACUCAUACAGUAGCAGUCCAGACAGCACUCCCAUGGGCAGCAUUGAAUCACUCUCCUCUCACUCCUCAGAACAAAACAGCACCACCAAAUCCACGUCUUCCCAACCCAGGGAGAAAGCAGGAGGAGUUCCCUGGAUUGCCUCAACUCCUUCUUCCAACGGGCAGAAAAAUUCAGGCCUUUGGACAACGAGUCCCGAAUCAUCCUCGAAGGAGGAUGCAGCGAAAACGGACGUAGAGUCUGACUGUCAGAGCAUUGCCUCUGUCACUGGUCUGGAGAAUGCAUCUCCACCACUGGACCUGACCAAAAAAGGAUUAUAUAGUCUUUCUGGCAUGAAAAGGUCAGCAGCUUCGUCCGUCAGGUCAAUCCCUUCUGCUGAAGGUAACAAGAGCUGCAGUGGUUCAGUACAGAGUUUAGCUUCUCUAGAUGGCCGAGAGACCCCAAAAGCUCUGGUAAACCCAGACCUGCCACCCAAGAUGUGCCGAAGGCUGCGGUUAGAUACGACGUCAAGUAAUGGCUAUCAGAGGCCAGGGUCUGUGGUGGCAGCCAAGGCCCAGCUGUUUGAAAGUGGUGGCUCACUGAAGCAGGCUGCCUCAGGAAGGCAAGCCAAGGCAAUGUAUUCCUGCAAAGCCGAGCAUAGCCAUGAACUUUCUUUCCCUCAGGGGGCAAUAUUUUCCAAUGUGUAUCCAUCUGUGGAACCAGGAUGGUUAAAAGCAACCUAUGAAGGCAAAACGGGACUCGUUCCAGAGAAUUAUGUUGUCUUUCUCUAGUAAUAGUUAGCAGACAGCAGUAUCUUCAUGGUAUCCAUGGUAACAAGCGAUAAGCACUAUGAUUUUUUUCUGUCUGACACAGAAAUGGGGAUCUGCCAGUAAGCCCCUGUGUGUGGUUGAUUUCCGACAACUUCUGCAGAGGCAGAUAAUGUAGCUCCUGACCAGUGGAAGAGAAUCUAAGGAAAAUAAUCAACAGGGUGUUUUGCUUUGUUCUUAACUGUUACUGUUUGUUUUUGUUUUUUUAAGAACGUGGUACUUUUCUUAAGGCUUCUCCCUUGGUGGUAACCAAAAGUUCCAUUUUGUUUUUUAAAGAUGACAACAAAUCAUCCAGGAAUUCAAAAUUAAAGACUGCUAUUUGGGAUAUCUGGCUUUCUGAGCGAUUGGUUCUCAGUCGGUCCAAGCCAUUUCAGAGAUUUUACUAUGAAAAUGCUUGUGUGAACUUUUGAUAAAUGUCCGGAGUGGUCACAGUUUGCAAAGUCAACAUGUCAUUUUUGGGGGGCUGCACAUCCCUACAAUUGAACGCCAGUUAAUGAAAACGUGAUUUUUCCGUCCGGUUUUAAAGGAAACUUUUCAAAGUGGAAAUGCUAUACAUUGAAUUGCUUCCCCCUUCUUUGCUAGUGUGUUUUAUCAGUAUAAUUAUUAAUAAUUUAUAUUUAUAGAAUCUGUCUGCCCUGAAGCAUUGAACUCCUGAAUCAGAGGACCAACCAUAUUAAUAAAAAUGUUUGGUUUUUUAAAAA